AUGGAAGUAAGAGUAUUGAGCAUCCUCCUCCUCCUGGUGGCCUUGACAGCUGUUCAUGGUAGUGGUUCAUAUAUAGUGAAGAAAGUAAUGAAGGUCUCCCCCCAAUACCAGCCCUACUCUGUGAAGAGCCACGUGGUGUCAGUGGCAGGAGAGCCCGGUACCCCAGGUGAGCCCGGCCCAGAGGGCCCACCUGGCCCACCUGGCCCCGCAGGGGAAAGAGCUGUGGGACAGCCCGGACCAGAGGGCCCUGCCGGACCACCAGGACCUGCUGGCUACUCCGCACCUGGCAAAUCUGGCUCCCCGGGUGGUCCUGGUAAGCCUGGUGUUCCUGGUGCAGCUGGCGAGAAAGGAAAGGUGGGGGCAGCUGGACUUCAGGGUCCCAGGGGCAUGCCUGGACCUGCUGGAAGCCCCGGACCUGCUGGGAUCUCUUCCAGCGGCAUACCUGGACCUCACGGUCUGCCCGGAGCAAUGGGACCAAGGGGGGAAACAGGUCUUAAGGGACAUCCAGGUGUGCCUGGUUCGUCAGGAGCUAAAGGGGACAGAGGAGUGGGUAUCCUAGGGGCACAAGGUGAGACAGGGGCUGUGGGACCUAUGGGACCAGCUGGGCAGCCUGGAGCAGUCGGUGUUGGAAAGCCAGGCAAGCCAGGAUUCCCAGGUGAGGCAGGAAAGUCAGGUAGCCCAGGUAGGGAUGGGGCUGCUGGUCCCAUUGGAUUGCCAGGUGCUAAGGGCCACACUGGGGUUCCUGGUGUAGGUCAGCCUGGAAAAUCAGGUGAUAAUGGGGCUCCAGGUAUGCCUGGUUCAUCUGGUCCUAAAGGUCAUCAGGGAUCAACUGGAGCAACUGGUGCUCCUGGUAUCCCAGGAUAUGGAAAGCCAGGAGCAAAUGGACAGAAAGGUGAAAGGGGAGUUGUAGGAAGCACAGGUACAACAGGUCAGAAGGGUGAGCCAGGAGCAUAUGGAUUCACUGGAGCUACUGGUGCUACUGGGCCCAUGGGUCCUGCCAGUCCUCAGGGUGCAAGAGGCUUCCAGGGAGAUACUGGGGAAAUGGGUCCCAAAGGUGACACAGGUGCAAUGGGACCCCAGGGACCAAAGGGAUAUAAGGGAGAUCAGGGAGCACAAGGUUUCCAGGGCAAGCAAGGUUAUACUGGGGCAACAGGGCCAACUGGUGCCAGUGGAGCCACUGGAGCUCCAGGUAACAAAGGUGACACUGGCCACACAGGUUCAACUGGUGCUUCAGGUGUCCCAGGACCUGCCGGGCCCAAAGGUUUCCCAGGGCGCAAUGGUGAGGCAGGUGAGGCUGGAGCUGCCGGUGCCCCAGGUACCAGAGGCCCGGUUGGACCUGCUGGUUCCGCAGGUACACCUGGCCUUAAAGGACACCCAGGUCUCCCUGGCCCAGCUGGACAGGCCGCUAAGGGAAUCGUUGGCCCUCAGGGUCCCCCUGGGCUCCCUGGUAGUGAUGGUCAGGAUGGUGGCCAAGGCCCUGCUGGACCUCCCGGCCCACCUGGUCCUCCCGGCGAGGUGAUUUUCGAGAAGAGCAUAGGCAUGGGUGAGGUCAUGGUGCCUACUCUUGUCAAGGCCCCAAUGUCUGCUUUCUCUGUGUCCCUGGCUAGUCCUUAUCCUCCAUCUGGGGAACCCAUUAAGUUUGACAACGAGGUGUACAAUGCAGAGAAUCACUAUGACACUACCACUGGGAAGUUCACUUGCCAGGUCCCUGGAGUCUACUACUUCUCAUACACCAUUCACGUGAAUGGGGCUCAUGCUCUGGUGGCUCUGUACAAGAACGUCACGCCGGUCAUGUUCAGCUAUGAUGAGUACAACAAGGGCUUCCUGGACCAGAUGUCCGGUAGCACUGUCCUUAUGCUCGAUGUGAAUGAUACAGUCUACCUUCAGAUUCCCGAUGAUGAGGCCAAUGGCAUCUUUGCCGCUGAGAACGUCCACUGCUCUUUCUCUGGGUUCCUUAUCGCUUCAACGUGA